AUGGCCAAUCAACCUGUAAUCUCCGCCACUGGCAAUACCACCAACAAGCGUAAACGUGGAUUGGCCGACCAGGACGUCGGACGUGAAACCAAGGUGCCCAUCACAAACGGCGAGCAUGAUGCUGCCAGCUUUGGCCUGCUUUUACAGAGUGAGGGAAUGCUAGCGGACGAUAACGCUCGAACUGCCCAAGCUGCUCUUGCAGCCCCCGGCAUGAACUCAUCUGCUUAUCCCGAGCCCAACCCCAAUGAUAACAGCGCGGGCCUCCCAUUCACCUUUGAUGACGGCAGCCCUCCUGUUCAUGGGAUCAGUUCUGCUCAAGCUCUUGUUGAGGCUCGUGGGGGCACGAACAACAACAAUCCACCCAAGCCAGCGGUGGGAAGUGCAGAGUGGCACCAGUUGCGCAAGGACAACCACAAGGAAGUUGAACGUCGUCGCCGCGAGGUUAUCAAUGAAGGUAUCGAAAACAUUGCCAAGAUCGUGCCUGGCACCGAGAAGAACAAGGGAGCCAUCCUCCAACGCACAUACGAGUACAUCCAGGAACUCCUCAAUGAGAAGAACAAAUGGGACAAUGAGCGUGCCACCUUCGACAUCGCCAUCAAAGAACUCACCAAUCGGCUUGAUCGGAUGAAGGAGUCUGCGAGAAGUGCAUGGGCUGAGACUAGCAAGUGGCAGUCCAGAUGUCGUGACGCCGGCUUGCCGUUCGACGACUAUGACGACGGCGGGCUGACCGGGUUCGAAGAUGAGGAUGUCGCUGCCACCCUCGGUUCGUGA